AUGCCAGGAGUUCUAAUUACCACACCUCUGGAAUCAGGAAAAGCCAUUUAUGGGUGUUUUGGCAAUUUUAUAUCACCAGAUGGCACAACCAUUGCUGUUGUUCAUCCUCAUUCCGUUGAAUUACUCACAUUUAAUGAAGAAACUCAAAAUUUUGAAACAAUACUUGAUACACCAAUAUCGUCAAACAUCAUAGAUGCACAAAUGAUAAGAACUGAUCGAUCACAUACUGAUUCUCUCAUGUUAUUAUGUUCAAAUUUUUCAAUUUUACAUUUAUCAUUUGAAAACGAAACAAUUGCAUGUUACGAAGUUAAAUCAUUCAGAAUGGAAGGAGCAAUACCGAAUAAAACAAUCAUUUUUAAAGCACAUGGACAAAAAAUUUUCUUAUCUCUUUAUCAAAAUUUGCUUUACACAAUAGAUUUCUCAUCAAACUUUACAUUUGAAGAAUACUUCUUUGAGAAAUUUUGCCCAAAGAGAAUGUUUUUUUCUGAAAAUGUUUUAAUCUUCGAACAAAACGAUUAUUUCAUUAUUACAGACAACUUAUCAGAAGCACUACAGUCAGAUGAUAUUAUCCAUUACUUCAAAAUCGUUGAAAUUCCUUUUGAAAUUGAUUAUUGGUUUUUGAAAAACCAAAAUCUCUUCAUUUUUACCAGUCAAAACACAAACACAUCGAAUGUACAGCUCCAUGUACACAAUAUAAGCGACUUUAUUACAUCAGAAUUCCAAAAUAAUUCAGCAAAAUAUUUUACUUUCCAUUCUGAGCAUAAAAAGAAGGUAAAUUAUGCAGAACUACUUUCCAAUGAAUCAGAUAUCUUCGUAAAUCUCGACAGUCUUGAAAAUUUGAUAAUAAAUCAAGAAAAUAUUUUUCAUCUCCAAAAUUCAUCGGAAAUCAAACUUAUUACUGAGAUUUCCCAAAACAUACUAUUGUAUACAACAAAGUACAAUGGAUUUGCUAUCAUUGACACCCUCCAAAAUCGAUAUUUAAUUCCUCCAGAAGAUAUAGGAACAAUUCGAAUCCAUAAAACACUGAAAUACCAAGGAGAGAAGAUCUACAAACUUGUCUUGUGUAGUGGAUACAGACCUUCCUCUUUGGACAUAUUCGGAUUGGCUCUCAAAUUUCAGAAGACGGCGGUUAUUGAUUCAAUUAAAGCAGAACAUUUAUUUUUCAAAGAAAACAAAAUUGUUAUAAGUGGUAACGAAAAAACUGUUUUUAUCGAUAAAAAUACUUUGUCAGAAAUAACCACCAAUAACCUUAAAACUAACAGAGAGACGAUAAAUUACUUCCAAAACGAAAACUACGAAAUCCAAAUUUGCCCAACAGAAAUUUUCCAUUUUUCACAUCAAAAUGAAAAAGUGACAAGUCUAUCGUCACAUACAUCAUCAGCUAUAAUCAAUGAUAAGUUCAUUGUUAUCAAGAAAAGUGACACAAUAAUAUCACUUUUUAGUCAUAAUGAGGAAUCAAUUAUUUUUUUGAAGGAAAUAAAUAUAGAAGGAGAAAUUUGUACGUUUAACUUCAUUUACGAUUAUUUAAUCGUCACAACAUGGGAUGAUAAACCUGUAACGGUUUUUGACAUCGAAAAAGGUGACAUUGUUAGUUAUUAUGAGAAUACCCGACAUUUAUUUGUUUCUUGCAUCGAAAUUGGAGAGAAUUUAGUGGCAUUUGGAACUUCGACAGGAACAAUAAUUGUUGGUAAUUUAAUUAACGGUUCUUUUGUCAAAACUGCUGAACAAAAAAUUGUCAGUACUGCCGCAAUAUUAAGUUCAUUUCCUAAAACUAUUUUGGCAUUGAUUUCUGGUUCAGAACCAACAAUUAUAAAAGUGACACAAACUACAAUUAAUUUCUUUCCAAUUCUUGGUGUAGAAAUGGUCAAAUCUAGUGUUUGGUUGAGUUCUUCAGACAUCAUGACUUUGAAUGAUAACAUCGUUUUAUUUGGUCAAAUAAUUGAACCUGUAAUUGUCAGACAACUUACUUACAAUUUCAAUGGAAUAAUUGACUGUUUAGAAUGUUCAGACAACGGCCAAAUUUGUUUCAUUGGAAGAGAAGAUCCUUUCAUUCAAAACGAUGGUUUAAGCUUUGUUUCUGACCAAUCAUUUAUUGACUUAAUUUACCAAACAAACAACCAAGAAGAAAACCCUAAUUUAACUGAAGAAAAUCCAACAAAUUACCAAGAAAAUCAUGAUAAUUUGGAACAAGAAAAUAGUGAAUCUGUUGAUGAAGAUGAUUCGGAAGAAAAUGGAAGAGUUGUUUUGAGGUUUUUGAAUACAAAUUUUGAUGAAUUGGGAGAAAUUGAAUUAGACAAAAGUUCUUCAUAUAAUUCUUGUUGUAUGUUUAGUGUAAGUGGUCGAACAUUUCUUGCAAUUGCAACAGAGACAAAACAGAAAGUGGGCCAAGUAAUAUUUAUUGAAAAAACAGACAAAUCAUUGAUUUAUUUGAGCGAAUUAUCAUUCGAAAAACCAGUUUUAGAUGUAACUUUUGCAUCGAAUUCUUUAAUUGUUUCUGCUCUAAAUGAGAUAACAUUACACUCAGUGGAGCUAACAAAAGAUGGCUCAUUGUACUUGACAGCAUUAAGUUUGCAAACAACUCGAUUAAUAACAAAAUUAGUGUCGAGUGGAAGCAGAGUUAUGGCAAUAAGUUGCAUGGGAGAUAUAAGUAUUUUCGAAUGCGGAUAUGGUGAUUUGUCUCUUGAAAAUGUUGAUGACAAUGCUAGAAGAAUAAUAAGCGGAACAUUUUUAGGAGAUUACUGUGCUAUUUUGUGUUCUUUGAGAGGUGAAAUUUUUGGUUUGAGAGGAAGUGUCGGAACUUUUUCGAUGAAAAACGUUUCAAGAGUUUAUAUUGGAUCUAUCAUGUCAACAAUAAGUCCAUGGAUGAUUAUAACUGAUUCCAAACAUCAUGAAGAAUGUGUAGGAACUACAUUGGACGGUUCAAUUAUCAUGCUGACAAUGGUUGAUGAUGAAUUGUUUGAAAAAUUAUCUUGUAUGGAAAACGCGAUUAUCAAAUUUAAAGAAGAAAAAGGUGAUAAUUUCUCAGCGAACUACAGAAGAUUAGUGACUCCUUAUUAUGACAUGCCUGCAACUGGCUUCGUUGAUGGAGAUUUGAUUAAACAAAAUGAAGAUGAAUUGGAACAAAUCGCAAUGAGAUUUACUUUACCUGAUAACGUGUUAGAAUCAACAAAAACAUGGAUUAGAAGCACAAGGAUUACAAAUUUAUGUUAA